CUCUGCAAAAUAUCAACGAUGUUUAUUACAACGAAGAGGGAGGUACGAAAAAUAAGCUAUUACUGUUUACAACGUUUAAAAAACUCGUGGAUUCCAUGAGAUCUUCAAAGUCAAAACUUCUACUAAAGUACGUUGCCACCAUUUACGCUACUACACCCUACAUAAACCAAGAAAUCAAAGUUGAUACCGGAUUGAAAUUAUUUUUCCGACAUAAUUCGAGUGACGAGCAACUGUAUUCCAUCAACUCAGUAUACGCAAUGUCUUCAGACUCAUCGACAUUCACAUAUUUCCAGCGCUACUUGUUGGCUAAGGAUAUACUUUCAGUCUUGUUGCAGACUUGCCAUUAUGAUGUUUUCGAAUCAUUUUUUGUUACCAAUAUUGGCUUCUUCAUCACUAGUUUCGACACCGACAAUGUGGCUAUGAAAACAAUACUGUGCAUUCUGAUGGAAGUUUUGUUUUUGAGAAUCGCCAUAGAUAAUUUCCAAAAUAAUUCGUGUAACAUCUCCAAAGCUGCGUUUCCCGAAGUUCCCCCUUCCGAAAAGAAAAUGUUGAAAACAAUCACAGGUCUGAUUAUACAAAUUGGAAAGGAAACAAACGUAGACGAUGCAAGCAAACACUUCUUCCGUUUGUAUCAGUGCCACGCUUACAACGCCUUAAUUUCUAUAAUUAGUAACACCCAGACAGAUUUGACCUUUUACAAUUUACUUUUUAACCGAGAAACUCUUUGGUCGAAGAUUGUUGACACUGACCGGCUGUACAAUUUCGCAAUCGACUUCGACACGAUUCCUUCGUUAAGGAAGAGUGUGGUUAACAUACGGCGCUCAAUGGCGGAUGAAAAACGGAAAACCAACCCCGACUUCUCUUCGGUGAAGUACAUGCCUUCGCAGCACCUAUUCAACAGUACUUUAAGCGAGGAUAUAACUAAAUUUGACUUCACGCAUUCCGUGCUGAGAAGUCAGUCCGAUGAGCAAUCGACCAAGGCCGAAAGUGGUGCUUUUUGCGAACGGGAGGUUGUUUUGGAAGGUGUGGAGAUCAAUUUGCACGAGUGCAUGGCGUCCGUUUGCGGAUUAUUCCAGCAUAUGGCCGAUAUUGGUCUUUUACCCUUGGAUACCGAAGACGUCGCCAUGCCUCCAUGGCUUAAGGCAGUGAGGAAUGUGUUGAUGUCCGACGUGCAUAAGAAUGUAAAGAUCUUUUUAAUAAAAGUAAUUCACAACUCCCAAGAUACUUUCAAGUACUUCGCCAAGUAUUUGUACGGUCCGAUAAUUCAAGCAAUUACUGAUUGUGUUUUUGGAAACUCCAUUAACUUUUUCAUUAACGAUAUGGUCGUUAUGUUAACCUCAUGGGCAAGUAUUACACUUCCAACCGAAGAUGUUGAGCGUACAUCCGAAUUGUUGAGUUUCUUAAUGCGCAAUUGCGACACUGAUGUUCGUAGUGUUUUUAAGUACAACUUGGAACUGAUCAAAUUAAUAAUUGAGACAUGGAAGACUUGUAUAAGUAUACCGCAUGAUGUGAUAUACGAAAAGCUACAGUUACCAGAAAAUUCGCAAAAAUUGGAUAUAGGCGUUCAUUUGGCAGCAACCGUUUUAGCCAAUAAUAUUGCGCCCUGGCGUACAGGAGCAUUUAAGGAUUUUUUAAUGGCGCUCUGCAAAGUCUUGAGGAAUGACCACCGCGCAGUGUAUCAACCUUGUUCCGAAGUCUUAGGAAUGUCGCUCAACUUUGUUAGCCAAGAUCACAACCUCAGUGCAUCGUUCGAAAGGUUCAAGGAAUACCUGCACAAGUGUAUUGCGAAAUUGUCGUCUAAUGACGACAAGUUUGCUUAUUGUAUUCAAGGAAUUGCCCUACACUACGCCCCCAUUGCUGAUAAGUAUUUGUGCAAACUAACGUCAAAGCUAAAUCAUGUUCAUGGCAAUUUUAAAAACAUCUACCUAAACAUAUUUCUUUCGCGCAUUGAUGUAAUGCACAACAUCAAUGAGUUAUCCUCGUUAGAUUUUCAGUCAUUAUUGCUCGAUGAAAAUUUAGAAACUCAACUGCUGACCUUACAAAUCAUCGAGAAAUCGGUCAACUACCUACGAGCGAACUUACUGUUGGACAUUCUGAGGCACGUUUCUAAAUUUGUCACCCACACAUUUACAUUGUGUCGAACAAUUAUGUUUGAUAUUUUCAUUACCACAUACAGCACUCACAAAUUAGAGUUAAAUUCCUUUUCGCAAGACCUCACCGAGCUGUCGAAGGAUGUUUUACUGCAAGGUCUGGUUGACAAAGAGUUGGUGGUUCAAGAAAAGCUUCUACAGUUCUGGUCAGAUAGAGGACAUUUUCCAGUGGAAAUUGACAAAAUGUUCCUUCAUUUGCUAAAUACCAUGUAUAAGCCAAGCGUUGAGGAGCACUAUGUGUGUUAUAGCUCUUAUUUAUUGCUAACUUCGAUAAUAACUUCGGAGGAGUACUCCGAAAAAUUGUUCGAACACCCCUUGUACGACUGUGACUUCCACGAAUACGUUUUGAACAGCAACUGGAGGCGCCAGCACGCGUCCAUGGCGCCAUUAUUUGCCUCAUCGCUCCAUUCCCAAGAUGUUACGAUGCACACAAUGGACUAUAAUGUUUUGCGCUCCACUGUUUCAACGCUGGAGUUUCAACCUACUCUGGCGCCUGCGCGCGCAUCAAGUAGUUUACUUUUCACUUUGACCGACGAGGCAACCGAUGCGCCGGUUUUCAAAGAUCCUAACGUCGUACUUCCUAAAAGGGAUCACCACGAAUGUUAG